CGUCACGUUGCAACACAUACGACUUUAAGUUCCACUAGUACCUAGAUACAGCGACCUGCCAUGAUAUUCUGAGCCUCUUUAUAUUCCCAAUUUGUGCGACUAUUAGAGGUCUGGAAGCAUUCAGCCAGUCGCCCAGUCAAAUAUUCAAUUUACCAGUCUCCAAACCAAACCCGCGACAAUGCCCCAGACCCAGACCCAAACCCAGAGACGACGUCGCCAGUCACGCCGCAACAAUGAGGGAGACGAUUCCGAUGUUUCCGAAGAGGACCAAGAUGGCGAUCUCGACAUGGAGAGAACAGGUGACGACGCGGAGGACCAGCUGGUGAAGAAACUCGUACGAUAUGCCCUGGCAUGUGAAUACGCGAGGGUACCUAUCAGGAGAGAUGGCAUUCGGGAUAAGGUUUUAGGGAGCAAUCCUCGGUCGUUUAAGCGAGUGUUUGACGGUGCGCAAUUGCAACUCCGAAAGGUUUUCGGCAUGGAGAUGGCCGAAUUACCAGCCAAGGAGAAGCGCACACUUAAGGAGAAGCAGAAGGCGAAUGCUAGGAAAGCCGCCUCGCAAACCGCCACAUCCUCACGACAGUAUAUCUUAGUUUCCACUCUACCACCGGAAUACAAAUCUCAGUCUAUCGUCGCCCCAUCAAGAAUACCAAGCUCACCUGAGGAAGCUGCAUACGUUGGGUUUUACACCAUGGUCAUCUCCUUGAUCGUGCUCAACGGAGGAGAGCUGAGCGACACGAAGCUAAGGCGAUACCUGACCCGCAUGAAUGCUAGCCAGAACUUGCCAAUGGACAAGACCGAUAACGUUCUGCAGAAGAUGGUGAGGCAGGGUUAUGUCGACAAAGUGGUGGAAAAAAGUGACGGCGACGAUGAUGCGGUAACCUGGUGCGUCGGACCUCGAGGAAGAGUUGAGGUCCCGCCCGAGAGCAUUGCCGCCGUCGUUACCGAAGUAUGGGGAGAUCUCCCGGAUGACUUCGACAAGAAGCUACAAAGGAGUCUGGGAACACAAGGAUCUCGUCAGCGACGAGCCGAAAAUAGCAUCCCCGAGGAAUGAGUACUGUAGAUUAAAGCUAAAGUGUCCGAGUACUUGACGAUUAUUGGUAAUGAUAAAUGACGACGUACGUCUAGCCAGAAUUUUAUCUUCAGCGAAGCCUAGAUUGGCCGCCAGAACUAAUGCACCGUACUUCAACAAUGCUACCUCGUAUCGUCUAUCUGGGUCUGAGAAGGGUGAAUCCAGUCGCCUCUGAUUCUUCAACUUGUCAAGCAUGCCCACUAUGUCUGUCAUUCGGAAAUUGACCGAUUCGAAUGCUGCAGAUUAGGCAAGUCUCUGUAUGGGCUCUUCACCUUCGCGUGGAGGAGGCGCACCACAUGGUUGUAUCAUCUUGCGUAGAAGCUGAGCUCGGACCUUGGCUGCAGGCUCAUUCUGCGCGAGCGAGAUGUAGGCUAGUUGGGGAGGAUGGCCGACUAAGCUGGAGUAGGUGUCACGCGCAACAUUUGUUCUCCAUUCCCACGAAGUCGUGUCCGGAUGGCCGGUGCCGACGUACUUGGCCUGAAGUCGCUCAAGUUCUUGCUGGGUGCGCAAUUUGUCCGCCAUGUUGACCAGCUGCGUAUUGGCGUUUGCGUAGUUGACGGCUUGGUGGUUUGAAGAAAUCGAGAGGCGCUAGAGAUGUACCUAUGUAGUUCUAAAAGUUGUCGUUGAGAUACGUUCCUACUGG